AUGCAUGUGGCUGUCGUUGCGUGUUGGAGGACGCAGCGCCCACCACUCGCACGACUCACCCCAAUCGCAGCUGCGAGGGGCAUUUCGUCAUCAUCGACACGGCAUGCAUCCGAAGCGGGGGAUGUGCCUUCCGCCGCUCAACCAGCCGAUCGUGCGGCCACGAUUCACGCGAUGGGGAAGGACCCCCCAAUCGCAGCCACGAUGCAAGCGGGCGGCGAGCCAGUCGAUUUCCGUCAAACCGCCAUUCCCAAGCGGCCCUCGGGACUAAAAGCAACGGAUGUGCUGACACCGCAUCUUUUGUCCACUGCCGCCGAAUCACCGGUACAGUUGCGAAAAAGACCACAAUUUUCGUUUCUUGGCGAUCCAAAAGAUCGCUCCGCCCGCAGUGUGUUUUCUGUCCACACGGUUCCAAACAACACGCCGAAGCCGUUGCUUCCCAUGUGGGCAUCCAGCCUCACUUCACCCCAGCUGGGAAAGCAGCGUCUACGUGUCGAAAACUGGAUCUCCACGGACUGUAUGGGGACGCUGUCUGAGGAGCAUGUUGUGGAAUUUUUGGCUUGGCUGCGAGAACGAUGCACCUCCUCCUUAUAUGCUUUUUUUCUAAAGCAGAUGG